UGGAGCCCAGCCCAUUAACAGCUCUUAAGGGUUUGUUCUGCUCUUAAAACCUAAUAAAACCUCGCUUUCUAAAAUUUGCUCACGCUACUCGGCUGCUGAACACCGCCCUCUCCUGAUCUUGGUGGUGUAAUCAAGAUGCAGUCUGGUGAAGCCCCUGCUUCAAUGGAAGUAGAAGCAAUUCCAAAUGGAUCAGGGACACAAUCUGGGUCUUUGCCAUCUAAGCCAAAGUUUGAGCCUUUGAAGGCUCAUGAGAUGUCUGAUGGUCGAGUUCAGUUCAGAAAGGUUUCUGUUCCACCACAUAGGUAUUCGCCACUCAAGAAAGCAUGGAUGGAAAUAUACACUCCAAUAUAUGAGCAGAUGAAGAUUGAUAUCCGUAUGAACCUCAAAGCUAGAAAGGUUGAAUUAAAAACUAGACCAGAUACACCUGAUAUCAGCAACCUGCAGAAGUGUGCAGAUUUUGUUCAUGCUUUCAUGUUGGGUUUUGAUGUUAUAGAUGCUAUUGCUCUUCUCCGAUUGGAUGAACUAUAUGUGGAAUCUUUUGAAAUCAAAGAUGUUAAAACUCUUAGGGGUGAGCAUUUAUCUCGAGCCAUUGGAAGAUUAUCAGGUAAAGGUGGCAAAACAAAGUUUGCUAUUGAGAAUGCCACAAAAACAAGGGUUGUGAUUGCUGACACCAAGAUCCACAUAUUAGGAUCUUUUCAAAACAUUAAAAUCGCAAGGGAUUCUCUCUGCAGCCUUAUUCUAGGGUCCCCUGCUGGAAAGGUAUACUCAAAGCUUAGACAAGUUUCUGCUAGACUGGCAGAGAGGUUUUGAUCUUUUUAUUCAUGUUAUUUUGAGACUGUAGUUAGCUCCACACUGGGAUCUGUUAUGCUGAGUGGGAAUUUGUGAUUGUAACUUGGCUUGAAUUUUCUUUAAGCGGCAAAGAUGUUUCAUUAUAAAGGAUAUGAAUAUAAUUCAUUUUUAUAAGAAACCUUGUUGUAAGCUGCAAAAAAGCAUUCUUUAUUAGAAUAUGAAUAUCAUACAUUUUUAUGUGUUA